CCGGGCUCCGCUGGGUCACGUGAUCCGGUUUUGGCGCGAAAACUGGUGGUUGCGGGAGCCUGGGAGACGAGCUCGGUGCAGCGAUGGCGGAAUCUUCUGAGUCCUUCACAGCAUCCAGUCCUGCCCAGCGACGACGAGGCAAUGACCCCUUCACUUCCAGCCCAGGCAGGAGCUCCCAGAGAAUCGAUGCCCUCACUUCCAGUCCUGGCCGUGACCUUCCUCCCUUUGAGGAUGAAUCUGAGGGGCUGCUGGGCACUGAAGGACCUCUAGAUGAGGAGGAUGAAGAUGGAGAGGAACUCAUCGGAGAUGGCAUGGAGAGGGACUAUCGUGAAAUCCCGGAGCUGGACACCUAUGAGCCAGAGGGACUGGCCUUGGAUGAUGAAGACGUCGAGGAGCUCACAGCCAGCCAGAGGGCGGAGGCGGAGCGGGCCAUGAGGCAGCGCGACCGGGAGGCUGGCCGGGGUCUGGGCCGCAUGCGACAGGGCCUUCUGUAUGACAGCGAUGAGGAAGAUGAGGAGCGACCCGCACGGAAGCGCCGGCAUGUGGAGCGGGCCACAGAGGAGGGUGAGGAGGAUGAGGAGAUGAUAGAGAGCAUCGAGAACCUAGAAGAUCUCAAGGGCCACACGGUCCGCGAGUGGGUGAGCAUGGCGGGCCCCCGGCUGGAGAUCCACCACCGCUUCAAGAACUUCCUGCGCACACACGUGGAUGGCCAUGGCCACAACGUCUUCAAGGAGCGCAUCAGCGACAUGUGCAAAGAGAACCGCGAGAGCCUGGUGGUGAACUACGAAGACCUGGCAGCCCGGGAGCAUGUGCUGGCGUACUUCCUGCCGGAGGCCCCCGCUGAGCUGCUGAAGAUCUUUGACGAGGCUGCACUGGAGGUGGUGCUGGCCAUGUACCCCAAAUACGACCGCAUUACCAGCCACAUCCACGUGCGCAUCUCCCACUUGCCUCUGGUGGAGGAGCUGCGCUCGCUGAGGCAGCUGCACCUGAACCAGCUGAUCCGCACCAGCGGUGUGGUGACCAGCUGCACCGGCGUUUUGCCCCAGCUCAGCAUGGUCAAGUACAACUGUAACAAGUGUAACUUCGUGCUGGGGCCCUUCUCGCAGUCCCAGAACCAGGAGGUGAAGCCUGGCUCCUGCCCUGAGUGCCAGUCCGUGGGCCCCUUUGAAGUCAACAUGGAGGAGACCAUCUACCAGAACUACCAGCGCAUCCGGAUUCAGGAGAGCCCGGGCAAAGUGGCUGCUGGCCGGCUACCACGCUCCAAAGAUGCUAUUCUCCUAGCCGAUCUGGUGGACAGCUGCAAGCCAGGAGAUGAAAUCGAGCUCACCGGCAUCUACCACAACAACUACGACGGCUCCCUCAACACCGCCAAUGGCUUCCCUGUCUUUGCCACCGUCAUUCUGGCCAACCACGUGGCCAAGAAGGACAACAAGGUCGCCUUGGGGGAGCUGACAGAUGAAGACGUGAAGAUGAUCACUAGCCUGGCUAAGGACCAGCAGAUUGGGGAGAAGAUCUUUGCCAGCAUCGCUCCUUCCAUCUAUGGCCAUGAGGACAUCAAGAGAGGCCUGGCGCUGGCUCUUUUUGGAGGGGAGGCCAAAAAUCCUGGCGGCAAGCACAAAGUGCGGGGGGACAUCAACGUGCUGCUCUGCGGAGACCCCGGCACUGCCAAGUCUCAGUUCCUCAAGUAUGUGGAGAAAGUGUCCAGCCGGGCCAUCUUCACCACGGGCCAGGGCGCCUCAGCUGUGGGCCUCACGGCGUACGUGCAGCGCCACCCGGUCAGCCGGGAGUGGACACUGGAGGCCGGGGCCCUAGUGUUGGCUGACCGAGGGGUGUGUCUCAUCGACGAGUUCGACAAGAUGAACGACCAGGACAGAACGAGCAUCCAUGAGGCUAUGGAGCAGCAAAGCAUCUCCAUCUCCAAGGCCGGCAUCGUCACCUCCCUGCAGGCUCGCUGCACCGUGAUUGCAGCCGCCAACCCCAUCGGAGGCCGCUAUGACCCGUCCCUGACCUUCUCAGAAAACGUGGACCUCACGGAGCCCAUCAUUUCCCGCUUUGAUGUCCUUUGUGUUGUGCGGGACACAGUGGACCCCAUCCAGGAUGAGAUGCUGGCUCGUUUCGUGGUGGGCAGCCACAUUAGACAUCACCCUGGCAACAAGGAGGAGGUGGGACAGGGCGACAUCCCGGAGCCUGCCAUGCCCAACACCUACGGCGUAGAGCCCCUGCCCCAGGAGAUCCUGAAGAAAUACAUCAUCUAUGCCAAGGAGAGGAUCCACCCGAAGCUCCACCAGAUGGACCAGGACAAAGUGGCCAAGAUGUACAGCGACUUGAGGAAAGAGUCCAUGGCAACAGGCAGCAUUCCCAUCACGGUGCGGCAUAUUGAGUCCAUGAUUCGCAUGGCCGAGGCCCACGCGCGCAUCCACCUGCGGGACUACGUAAUCGAGGACGAUGUGAACAUGGCCAUCCGCGUGAUGCUGGAGAGCUUCAUUGACACCCAGAAAUUCAGCGUCAUGCGCAGUAUGCGGAAGACCUUCGCCCGCUACCUUUCCUUCCGGCGAGACAACAACGAAUUGUUGCUUUUCAUCCUGAAGCAGUUAGUGGCAGAGCAGGUGACAUAUCAGCGCAACCGCUUUGGGACCCAGCAAGAUAGCAUUGAAGUGUCUGAGAAGGACUUGGUAGACAAGGCUCGGCAGAUCAACAUCCACAACCUCUCGGCAUUCUAUGACAGUGAGCUCUUCAGAAUGAACAAGUUCAGUCUCGACCGGAAGCGGAAAAUGAUCCUCCAGCAGUUCUGAGUCGUCCUCACAGGGGCUCUUUCUGCUUCCUUCAGAGUUGAGGGGCUCUGUGCUAGACACCUGUGGACUUCACCCUCACCUGCUGGCCCUUCAGGGAACCUGGGGUUCCUUUUCAUCUCUGCUUUCUGCCAGGGAAAGGUCAGGGCCUGCAGUGUGCACCAUCAGAAUUUCUUCCCUGACAGCCCUACAGAUCUGCCUCCUGGACGUUUGGUCAUCACUUGGUUCACUGUACUCUGGACACGAGCAUAUCCAGGGAACCUGAGGGCCGAGUCCCCUGACUGAAGACCAAGUUCAGGGCUUUGCUAGUGUUUUUCUUGACUGUGACCUAAGUUUUGCUGGGGUUCUGUGGGUGUGGAAAGACAUGGGCAGGGAACAACCUUUCGGGUUCUGGUGACAGCCAUGAUCCUGCUUCCCUGUAGUGGGAGGGUUAGGGAGUGAUGGGGAUAGUCCCCAGUAGGAGUAGUCACUGCCAGUGCCCUGCUUAUCAGCUGCUUCCCCAUCCUUGUCGUUGUGUACAUUCAAGUUUUGUUGCUGUGUUUCUCUAAUAAAA